AUGUUUGUGCCCGAGGGUAGCUCCUGUUCAUUUGACCGCUUCUGUUAUGGACGUCAAUGCCUCCCUCCAGGCGUGGCACUACACUCAAGAUGCCCCCGUGGCCCGGCGACCCACACCGACUUGGCACUGACUGUUGGGCCAUACGGACCGGAAUCUGCCUCGAGUCGGUCGGAUUCGUUGGCUGGGCCGCAGGCCAAAGAAGUGCUCAAUGCGACAUGCUCCCUCCGAGGGGUAAUUGAGAAUGAGGAGGAUCUUUGA